AUGGCUACCACCAGUGUCCUUACCUUUGAUGCUGAGGGUCGUGCUGUUGACUUUGAGGUCUGGGUCGAUGACCUCCAGCUGUUCCUACAGUGCGAUAGGGCAGACGGACUCUCCCUGUUCGAUCUCACCUCUGGUGCCUCUCCUGCCCCGCCUGCUACUGCUGACAGCACUGUUCGCUCACAGUGGGCCACACGCGAUGCUGCUGCCCGUCUUGCUGUGCGUCGCCACUUACCGACCACUGAGCGUGCGCACUUUAGCCAGUACAAGAGUGCUAAGACCUUGUACGACGCUGUAGUUGCACGCUACUCCUCCCCUGCCACUGCUGCGCUUAGCCGCCUCAUGCUGCCGUACCUGUUCCCUGACCUUGCUGCCUUUCCCACAGUCGCUGACCUCAUUACGCACCUUCGCACUAGUGACACUCGCUACGGCGCUGCGCUUCCUGCAGAGUUCUGUGCCAAGAACCUCCCCCCCAUGUACAUCACCCUCUACUACAUAGUCACCCGGCUCCCUUACUCCCUUCGCUUAGUCAGGGACCACUUCCUCUCAGUUUGCCCCACCACACUCACCGUUGACCUCCUCGAGGAGCGCCUCCUAGCAGCUGAGAAGAGCAUAGUCGCUGUAGGAGCCUCUCGUGGUGACCCUCGCACCCCGUCUUUGAGGGGUGUUCCCCCUCCCCCCUCUUGCCCUCUGUUGCUUCUGCUGCUGCGGCCGACCUCGUUGGUUUCGAGUCGGUCGGCGCUGCGUCUGCCCCUAGCGGGAGACGCCGCGCCGGCAAGGGCAAGGGGGGCAAGGGCGCUGGAGGGGCUGGCGGGGGCGGUGGAGGUGGUGGUGGAGGCAGUGGAGGGGGUGGGGGUGGUGGUGGGAGUGGUGGCGGGGGUGGAGGUGUCGGUGGCAGCAGUGGAGGCGGAGGAGGCGGCGGCGGUGGCGGGGGGAGCAGAGGCGGCGGAGGUGGCGGAGGCGGCGGAGGUGGCGGAGGAGGCGGAGGCAGCGGUGGAGCUGGUCGCGGCUCUGCGCAGAGGAGUGGCUCCGGUGGUGGUCCGCGCCAGCAGCAGCAGCGCAGUCGUGAGACCCCGUCCCCCCAGCAGCUUCGUGAGUGGUACGCUGGGCGUCAGCGAGCGCUGCUUCGGCCGCCUGACGGACGCGUGGCGUCACCAGUUCCCUGACACCACUGAGAUCCCUCGCUGGGGAGAGCUGUCUAGGGCGGGGGUUGCUAUCUUUGAUCUUGAUUAUGAUGCUAUUCUUGCUGCCAUGUAUGCUGUGUCUACUAGUGAUGAGGGUGACUGUUACCUGUGUGUUCCGCCUGACCCGGGCAUUGAGGCUGCUGCUCUCGGUGCUGGUGAGGCUGCUGCUCUAGGUGCUAGUGCGUCUGCUGCCCCAGGUGCUGGUGAGUCUGCUCUCUCAGGUACCACGUCGGCUCAGGCCUUACACACCUUCACCCUUGACUCGGGUGCUUCCCGCUCCUUCUUUCGAGACCGCACCACACUUACGCCGCUUAGUCGGCCGGUUGCGGUCUCCCUGGCGGACCCCUCUGGGGGUCCUGUCCUUGCUAGCUUCUCCACUGUCUUACCGUGCCCGGCAGCCCCCUCUGGCACCCUGUCUGGUCCUGAGUCUGCGCCCUGCUCGUGUCGUCUCCUGUCCCACCAGACUCUCCUCUGGCACCACCGCCUUGGUCACCCCUCCCUGCCUCGUCUCCGAGGCAUGGCCUCCCGUGUCCUUGUCUCUGGUCUCCCCCGGUCCCUACCUCCCCUACCUCCGGGGCCUGCCCCUACCUGCGUCCCCUGCGUCGAGGGGCGACAGUGCGUCGCCCCUCACUCCUCCGAGUUUCCUCCGACAGAGGCUCCGCUGCAGACUCUUCACAUGGACGUGUGGGGCCCCGCCCGCGUCCGUGGCCAGGGUCACGAGCGUUACUUCCUGUUGGUGGUUGACGACUACUCGCGUUACACCACGGUGUUCCCCUUGCGCAGCAAGGGUGACGUCACUGAGGUGUUGAUCGACUGGAUCCGCGCAGCUCGUCUCCAGCUCAGAGAGAGUUUCGGCUCGGACUUUCCUGUUCUGCGUCUGCACUCUGACAGAGGCGGGGAGUUUUCCUCUGCCCGUCUGGGAGCCUUCUGUCGUGCACAGGGCAUCCGCCAGACCUUCACGCUUCCGGCCUCUCCGCAGCAAAAUGGGAUUGCUGAGCGCCGCAUUGGCAUGGUCAUGGACGUCGCUCGUACGUCCAUGAUCCAUGCGGCUGCCCCCCAUUUUCUGUGGCCGUUUGCGGUUCAGUACGCAGCGCAUCAGCUCAACCUUCAGCCCCGGGUCUCCUUGCCAGAGACCUCCCCCACCUUGCGGUGGACGUUGAAGGUUGGCGAUGCGUCUGCGUUUCGGGUCUGGGGAUCUCGGGCGUUUGUCCGCGACUUGUCUGCGGACAAGCUGUCCCCCCGUGCUGUUCCCUGUGUCUUCCUUGGCUUCCCCCCUGACGCGCCUGGGUGGCAGUUUUACCACCCCACCUCGCGCCGUGUUCUGUCCUCCCAGGACGUCACCUUUGACGAGUCGGUGCCUUACUACCAUCUCUUCCCCUACCGCACUGCGCCCCUCCCCCCGCCGCUGCUCUUCCUUGCGCCAGGUCCUCCCCCGGUAGACCCCCUCUCCCCUCAGGGUCCUGCCCCGUCAAGUGUGUCCCAGGUAGACGCAGUCGAGCCUGUCGAGGUAGCUGUUGACUCUGGUGCUGCUAGAGGUGCUGAGCCUGCGGGUGCCGGGUCUGGAGGUGCUGAGCCUGGGAGUGCGGAGCUUGGGGGUGCUGAGUCCAGGGGUGCGGAGCCUGGGGGUGCGGAGCCUGGGGGUGCUGAGUCUGGGGGUGCUGAGCCUGGGGGUGCUGAGUCUGGGGGUGCUGAGCCAGGGGGUGCUGAGCCUGGGGGUGCGGAGCCUGGGGGUGCUGGGUCUGCUCGUGUGGCCUCUCGCGGUGCUUCGUCGAGGCGGGAGCUACUCUCUCCGCAGGAGCUGCGCGAGUGGUUUGCCCGGCGCUGGAGCCGUGCUGCUGGAGCUGGAGGUACUACUGUUGCUGCUGGUCCCGGAGGUGCUCGUACUGGAGGUACUGGAGCUGCUGGGACUGGGGGUGCUGCUGGGGCUACUGGAGUUGGUCCUGCUGGAGGUACUGCUGGAGCUGCCGGCGGUACUGGAGCUGCUGAUCCUGCUGGUGUUGGCGCUGGUGGUUCUGCUGGCGCUGGUGCGUCUGAGGGUGCUGGAGUUGGCGCUGUUGGAGCUGGAGGUGCUGCUGGCGCUGGUGCUGCCGCUGGGGGUACUGGUGCUGUCCCUGCUGGUUCUGGAGGCGCUGCGCGGCCGAGGCCGUACUUCGUUCCGCUCCUUGAGCAGGUUCUUGGUCUCCCACCCUCUACUGGUCCUGCUCCUCCCUUAGAGUGUCCACAGCCUGUCCAGUCGCGGUCACAGUUACAGCCCGCCUCCCCCCUACCUGCUCCUUCUCCCUACACUGGUCCUACUGGAGGUCUUGCUGAGCGUCGUGAGCCUGCGUCUCGUCCUGCGUCGCCUGUUCGUGCUGCUCGCACUAGUGGUCGUGCUCCGCGUCCGCGUCCUCCUGCGGUCCCAGGCACACACCAGAUGGCACUGCGAACUUCCACUGCUCCUCUGCGUGUCCCGUUGCCGUCUCCUCCAGAGUCCUCUCUUCCUACUCUUGCUGACCCGGAGUCUGACUCUCUUCGUGCUGCCAGUCCUACUGUCACACGUCUCCUGGCUACUGUUGUCACUGGCCCUUCUUUUGAGUCCACUGCUGCGUCUGCCUUAGUUGCUGAGCUUGUCGACUUCGCUGCUCGCUGUCGUCUAGACUACGCUGCUAGUGUUGUUGCUGAGUCUGAGUCUGUCUGUCCUCCGUCCGUCGGGGGUGAGUGUGCUCUUAGCACGGACGUCCUUGAGGACAGGCAGGAGGAGUUCCAGUGUUUUGGUGCUGCUUUGCCUCAUCUCGUGUCCACGCUGAUUGCCCCUGAGGGAGACCCGGAUGCACCAGACAUCCCGACUCCUCGAUCGUACGCUGAGGCGAUCGAGGAUCCCUACUCCUCUCAGUGGCAGUCAGCCAUGGACGCAGAGAUGACUUCCUGGAAGUCCACAGGCACCUACGUCGACGAGGUUCCCCCACCUGGGGCGAACAUCGUCAGUGGCAUGUGGAUUUUCAAGGUGAAGCGGCCGCCGGGUUCUCCGCCUGUCUUCAAGGCGCGUUACCGUGACUACGAGCUUCACUCUUUUGACUUCAGCACAGCUUUCCUGCAGGGCAGCCUGCACGAGGAGAUCUGGCUGCGCCGCCCACCUGGCUUCACUGGGUCGUUUCCUCCUGGUACCCAGUGGAGCCUCCGGCGGCCAGUCUACGGUCUCCGCCAGGCGCCUCGUGAGUGGCACGACACACUGAGGACUACACUUGCGGCUCUUGGGUUUGCUCCUUCUACAGCCGACCCGUAG